ACAACUUGCCUAACCUAAGACAUGGACCUUCUCUUUGUCUCUUUCUUAACUACCGUUUCCUUUUUAACAAAAUAGUCUUUAUGUUAAAAUUUCAUUUCCUACUUAAAUGACCCAUUUCCACAAACUUCAUCUCUGUUUCUCUCUUUCUCUCUCUACAUUCAUGGGCAAUGCAACUUCUUGUGCUCCUUCAAUCAUCUCCAAUGGAGUGGUAAAGGUCUUACUCUCCAAUGGCUCUUUGCAAAUCUACACAAAACCAGUAAAAGCAUCAGAGCUGAUGCUAGAAAAUCCUGGAAAAUUUCUAUGUGAAUUCAACAGUCUCAAAAUUGGCCAAAGAAUCAAUGGAUUAUCGGCUGAUGAAGAGCUUGAGAGAUGCAAACUUUACUUUCUUCUUCCCAUGGACUUGUUCUACUCUGUGCUUACACAAGAGGAAAUGGCUUCUUUUACUUUUAAGGCAACCAAAGCUAAUUUCAAGAACAAUCAUUUCGCCAAGUUUAUUUUUCCAGUUCUUGUUGAUUUUUGUAUUUUUUCUUCAGAGAUUAAGAGAAUGGAUCAUAUUGAUUCAACCUGCUCUGAUGAUCAUGAUCAUGAUCAUCAUGAUGAUGGUGAUGAUCAGCCAAAGCUGGUGAAGAGAUACUCCAAGCAAAGAUCAUGGCAGCCUGCUUUGGAGACCAUUGUUGAAACCCCAUGUAGGCCUAUAUGAUGCAAUGUAUAAUUAUAUAUAUUAAUUUUUUUUCUUUUUGAAUUUUACUGAAAUUAUUUAUUUAUUUAAUGUAUUACUUUUGGGAAUUUAUUGGCUGAUAUAUUAGGA